CAUGGAAGAAAAUGCCAACACCAGCUUGGAAGAAGACUUCGAAGGACAGGCGACACACACAGGGCCCAAAGGUGUGAUCAAUGACUGGAGGAAGUUUAAAUUAGAAAGCGAAGAUGGAGAGUCCUUAUCCUUAAGCAAGAAAGAAAUGCUUAGACAAAUGUCUUCACCACACAGAUCCUUCAGUAGAGAUGAUAAAGACACCAGAGAGAGAUUCUGCCGUAAGAUGAGCAUGCAGGAGUACGAGCUGAUCCACGACGCGCAGGAGGACGAGAGCUGCCUACAGCAGUACCGCAAGCGCUGCAUGCAGGACAUGCACCAGCGGCUCAGCUUCGGGCCCAAGUUCGGGUACCUGUGCGAGCUGCAGAACGGGGAACAGUUCCUGGAGGCCGUGGAGAAGGAACACAAAACCACCACGGUGAUAGUGCACAUUUACGAAGAUGGUGUGAAGGGCUGCGACGCCCUCAACAGCAGCCUGACCUGCCUGGCCGCAGAGUACCCCACCGUGAAGUUCUGCAAGAUCAAGGCCUCCAGCACCGGGGCUGGAGAUCGCUUCUCCAACGAGGUGCUCCCCUCCCUGCUGGUCUACAAGGCUGGGGAGCUGCUGAGCAAUUUCAUUAGUGUUUCUGAACAGUUCAAUGAGGAGUUCUUUGCUGUGGAUGUGGAGGCUUUCCUGAAUGAGUACGGGCUGCUGCCUGAGGGGACGCUGCCCGCCCUGGGAAAUGGCAACACGGAUGAGCAGGAUGUUGAAUAG